AAACAUCAGAUUUGGAGUCAUGGACUAUUGUCUUUGCUUCCAAGUGAGAAUGUCUGUGCCCUUUUCCCCUAAUUUAAUUAUUACUCCCUAUGCUUCAUCAUCAUACCAAUAAUGGCAAAAUCCGGCUAAAAAUUAUUAUCCUACUGCACACACAUAAACAACAUCGACAACAAUUUGGCGUUAACGGCCGAAGAAGAGAGAGAGAAAGAGAAGGUCUCGACACGCAUUUUCUUGGGAGGAAGGAAAGAGAAUUCUUGUGGGAUUCGUUUCUUGAUUUUGAUUAAGAUCGAGGGUUUUCAUUUUCUUGUUCUGUUUCAGUGUGGAGUGCAUAGUUUAAGGUUAUUGUGAAAAAAUAUUAGGAGUACUACUCAAGAAGCAUAUGGGGUUUUGAUUAAUGCAGGGCCAUCUGUCAAGAAAAUUUUAGAAAAUGAGUGGUAGAAAUAAGAGAAAUGUGACUGAGAAUGGCGGUGAUACGGGCGAGGACUCUGUUCUUGCAACCUUGGUCAGCAAUGGAGAUGAUAUGGGUCCGAUGGUUAGGCUUGCAUUUGAGACGGGGAAGCCCGAAGCCCUCCUGCAGCAGCUCAAGCACUUGGUUAAGAAGAAAGAAGUUGAAAUCGAGGAGCUCUGCAAACUCCAUUAUGAGGAAUUUAUUGUUGCAGUCGAUGAGCUACGUGGUGUCUUGGUUGAUGCGGAGGAGCUGAAGAGUGAGCUGUCGACUGAUAACUCCAGGUUACAACAGGUUGGGAGCGCCUUGCUCACGAAGCUUGAAGAGCUUCUUGAGUCUUAUUCGAUUAAGAAGAAUGUCACUGAAGCCAUUAAGAUGUCGAAGAACUGUGUGCAAGUGUUGGAUCUCUGUGUGAAGUGUAAUAAUCACAUCACGGAAGGGAGAUUCUAUCCGGCUUUGAAGGCGGUUGAUCUGAUUGAGAAGAAUUAUUUACAGAGUAUACCUGCUAAGGCUUUGAAGACGCUGAUAGAGAGGAGAAUACCGUUGCUGAAAUCUCAUAUCGAGAAGAAGGUGUGCACCGAAGUUAAUGAGUGGCUAGUUCACAUACGGAGUUCUUCAAAGAGUAUUGGGCAGACGGCUAUAGGAUACGCUGCAUCUGCUCGUCAGAGGGAAGAGGACAUGCUGGCUCAUCAAAGGAAAGCGGAGGAACAAAGUUGCUUGGGUUUAGAAGAUUUCACCUAUGCUUUAGAUGUCGAAGAGAUUGAUGAGAAUUCUGUUCUGAAAUUCGAUCUCACCCCACUUUAUCGAGCAUAUCAUAUUCACAAUUGCCUUGGAAUCCAAGAACAGUUCCGUGAAUAUUAUUACAAGAAUCGUCAUCUGCAGCUGAAAUCGGACUUGCAAAUUUCAUCAAACCUGCCUUUUCUUGAAUCACAUCAGACCUUUUUGGCUCACACUGCUGGCUAUUUUAUAGUAGAAGAUCGGGUUCUGAGGACUGCUGGGGGGCUUCUGUCACCCACCGAGCUCGAGAUGAUGUGGGAAACGGCAGUGACUAGAGUAACCGCUGUAUUAGAGGAACAGUUCUCGCAGAUGGAUGCAGCGAGUCACCUCCUCCUUGUCAAGGAUUACGUGACUCUUUUCGGAGCAACACUGAGACAAUAUGGUUAUGAAGUCUCAACGAUUCUUGAAACUUUAAACAGUAGUCGUGAAAAAUACCAUGAGCUUCUUCUGGCAGAGUGUCAGCAACAGAUCACCGAUAUCUUUGCUAGCGACACGUAUGAGCAGAUGGUGAUGAAGAAGGAGUCCGAAUAUCAGGCGAAUGUGCUCCUGUUUCAUCUUCAAACCUCGGACAUAAUGCCAGCAUUCCCUUAUAUCGCUCCUUUUUCUUCCAUGGUGCCUGACUGCUGUCGCAUUGUUCGUGCCUUUAUUAAGGAUUCGGUUAAUUACUUGUCUUACGGGGCACAGAUGAAUUACUUUGAUUUCGUCCGCAAGUACCUGGACAAACUCUUGAUCGACGUCUUGAAUGAAGUCUUGCUCCGGACGAUCCACAGUGGCACCACCGGCGUGUCUCAGGCGAUGCAGAUUGCUGCUAACAUAUCUGUCUUAGAGAGGGCUUGUGAUUAUUUUAUCCAGCACGCGGCUCAGCAAUGUGGGAUCCCGGUGAGAUCAAUCGACAGACCACAGUGCGGUUUAACGGCCAAGAUCGUGCUUAAAACAUCGAGGGAUGCAGCUUAUAUGGCGCUUCUGACUUUGGUGAACUCCAAGUUAGAUGAGUUCAUGAAACUUACGGAAAACGUAAAUUGGACGUCUGACGAGGCGGCUGGGCUGGCAAACGAGUACGUGAAUGAGGUUGUCAUAUAUCUGGACACUGUGAUGUCCACUGCGCAGCAAAUCCUACCUUUGGACGCGUUGUACAAAGUGGGGAGUGGCGCGCUGGAUCAUAUAUCUAACUCUAUCGUGGGGACUUUUCUGAGUGAUAGUAUAAAGAGAUUCAGCGUUAACGCAGUGACGUCGAUCAACAUGGACUUGAAGGCAUUGGAGUCUUUCGCGGAUGAAAGGUUCCACUCGACUGGACUGCACGAGAUAUACAGAGAUGGGAGCUUCCGAAGCUGCUUAGUGGAAGCCAGACAGCUGAUUAACCUUCUGUUAAGCAGUCAGCCCGAAAACUUCAUGAAUCCCGUGAUAAGAGAAAAGAACUACAACACUUUGGACUAUAAAAAGGUGGCUACCAUCUGUGAGAAGUACAAGGAUUCGGCUGAUGGAAUUUUUGGCAGCCUUUCGAGCAGAGCCUCGAAGCAGAGUGCGAGAAAGAAGUCCAUGGACGUGUUAAAGAAACGACUGAGAGAUUUCAACUGAGAUAUCUGUAGUAGUUUCAAGUAUUCCAUUAAAUUUUAUAUUCUUUAUGGAGAAUAUAGUUUGGGGUGGACUAUUUAUUUUUGUCUUGUGUUGUACUAAAUUUGCAUCCUACAUUUGACAUGUUCCUGAUGUUGGGUGCUUGAGCAAUGAGCCAAGUAGUCGGGCAUGCGUAAGACUUUUGAGCCGUAUUUCAGGUAUGAACUUGCUUGGCUUAUUUUGUACGUAUCACUUAUUUCCUUAGCUGGAUGGGAUGAUUAAUACAAGGCGGAUAUAGGUUGUUAGAAA